AUGGCGCCCUCCCGCCAAGAAAUCGAGCGACUCUGCUCCCACCUCGCCUCUUCUGACCAACAGCCUUUCUUCGAUCGUGUCUCACCAAAUGUGGUCUGGGACGUUAUGGCGUCGUGGAAGAAGGGAGCACUCGGUGUGAUCAAUGAUCGGCUGAAGAGUCCACUCUCGCUGAAGGUCGUCAAUGUGGUCGGUGGUGGGCCUGAUCAAGACUGGGCGCUGGUUGAGCUUGAAGCCAAUGGCGUGUGCAAGAAUGGUAUGGAGUAUCCACAAAGAUAUGCCUGGGUCAUGCGGUUCGAUGAGCAUGGUAUCAUCGUGCAGGUUCGGGCAUAUCUCGACUCGGCGCUGGUGCAGAAGGCCGUGGACCAGAAUCCGUAG